AUGAACAAAAAGAAAACAAGAGAGAGAGAGUCCCAAUCUCUCUCCUUAUCUCUUCUUCCGGUCUCAUAAACCCCCUCUCCGGAGUCCUCUUCCCCGUCGCCGUCCACCUCCGCCGCUUCUAGGGUUUAACCGCCCGCCGCCUCGGCCUCCGUAUCUUCCGGGGAAAGCGCGCGGUGAUGGCGGCGCCGAUACCCCGCGAGUGGACUGGGCUGCAGCAGUUCCCGGCGGCCACCCAGACCAGUCUGCACGAGCUCCUCGGCAAGCUCAAGGAGGAGAAUGUGAGCACAUUGACGAUUCUGGUGAUGGGGAAGGGCGGUGUGGGCAAGUCGUCCACUGUCAACUCCAUUGUCGGGGAGAGGGUCGCCAACGUCAGCGCCUUCCAGUCUGAGGGUCUGAGGCCGAUGAUGUGCUCCCGCACCAGGGCCGGAUUCACCUUGAACAUUAUUGAUACUCCUGGCCUCAUUGAAGGUGGAUACAUCAAUGAGCAGGCUGUUGAGAUCAUUAAGAGGUUUCUUCUGGAGAAGACCAUUGAUGUCCUCCUGUAUGUGGAUCGCCUGGAUACAUAUAGAAUGGAUACAUUGGAUGAACAAGUUAUAAGAGCCAUCACUACCUCAUUUGGAAAGGCUAUUUGGCGAAGAACAUUGGUUGUACUGACCCAUGCCCAACUCUCUCCACCUGAUGGAAUUGAAUAUAAUGAUUUCCUUAAAAGAAGAUCAGAUUCUCUGUUGAAGUACAUCCGUUCUGGUGCAGGAAUCGGCAAACGAGAAUCUGCGGAUUAUCCCUUGCCAUUAGCUUUGGUAGAGAACAGUGGAAGGUGCAAGACCAACGAGAAUGGCGCAAAGAUUCUUCCUGACGGAACUCCAUGGAUUCCAAACCUGAUGAAAGAAAUUACUAUUGUCGUCUCAAAUGGGAGCAAGUCCAUUCAUGUUGAUCAGAAAUUAAUCGAUGGUCCAAACCCCAACAAUCGCUGGAAGAAGUACAUACCCCUCAUCCUUGCGGUGCAGUACUUUUUUGUCGUAAAAGGAAUCCGAAGGGCGAUUCAUUCUGACAUUGCGAAUGGGAAGCUGGAUGACUGGGAGCAGCGUUACAGAGACUUGGUUGGAAGCGGUAACCCGGUAGACCUGAAAGUUUCGUCAUCCCGCAAUCCCAAGGCCUGAUCUGUCCAAUGAGGGUUGGAAGCGGUAACCCGGUAGACCUGAAAGUUUCGUCAUCCCGCAAUCCCAAGGCCUGAUCUGUCCAAUGAGAGUGAACGCCAGUCUCUUCAUGGUGGCCUGUUCGACUCUCCACCUUGCUGUUCGUUUUUGGGCUCCAGUUCCAGCGGUCUAUUUUGGAGGCUUUAUAGAGUUCUCUGGGACAACUUGAAUAAAGUUGCUAGUGUUUUAGGUGCUAAGUGUAUGUACCCCAUUUCAUUAUGCUCUCCCAAUUUUGCAAAUGUUAUUGAUUAAGCUUAGUUAUUUGGACUUCUUGUAUUGCUUUUACGUUCAGAGUUGAGUGUGGUUUGACUA